UUAAUAUUUACCAAUACUAUAAAAAAUAUUUUUACAUAACGUAUUAUUAUUAUUGUUUAACUUUUGUUCAUUGUUAUUUUGGAGCUACCAAUUCCAAAAUGCUUCUGUAAAAGACAUAUUAUAAAGAAAGGUGGAGCAAAACAGGGUGGUGAGGUAAAACGGGAUAUCCCCGCGCGAUUCGAAAGCAAGAAUCACAAUCAAGCAUACGUGCUAGAUAUAGUCCAUUGAUCGUUGGAAGUUAUUCACAAAUCAACAAAGUAGGCAGUUGCAUUAUUGAGUUAGAUCAUAAUUUAUUUUUUUUGCGAUUUCCUUAUAAUUUUAUCUCAUUUUUCACUUGUAACAUUAGUAUUAAAUUAUAAUAUACUUUUAAAGUGUAUCUCAUCUUGCAUAUGAGAAUACCCCGUCUUAUCCCAUCCAUGGGGCAAGAUAGGGAGAAAUGCCUUUUUUAUUUUUGUUAAAUAAAGUUAAUAAUCUUCUCUGAAGAUUUUAUUUAAUGAUAGUUAUAUUAAAAGAUUGAUCUCUGAAGAAUAUUUAAGAAGUAAAGAUGAUUCAUUGAUUUUGAAAACUUAGCUUUUAUUCAUAAUCAAACCUUAACUACAUCAUUUUGCCCUAUAUACAUGCAAGAAAUAUCCAAUCUACAAUUUUUAUUUUUUGAAUUAUUGUAAUCAGUAGGUAAUCCCCAUACAUUUUUCUACGAAAAAAAAAGAUCCAAGCUUAAUAUACGCUUAAAAUCAAUAAAAAACAGUUUUUACCUACAUUUUUAAUCACAUCAAAUAUUUGGAUUUUUCUCAAAAUGGACUUUAUGUGGAUUGGACGUUUCCUGCAUAUCUAUGGCCACAUAUGCGAAUAUAAAAAGCGAUUUUUCUCCAUUUUUUUAAGUUGAAAACAUCCUCAAAAAUUAGUCGAAUCUACAUCGCAUUAUGAUUUAAGAAGAAAACAAUCGCGGUGCUGAUGACAUAUCCCAAAAUUGUACACUUAGACAUUCAGGGUUCACGACGCUAUAUAGCAUCUACGAAGCAUUCGCGUAGAAGUCUGGCGUGAAAUAAUAUCGCUAGAAGAGGCGUAGGUGAGCUAUAAAGGUGUACCCGUCGUUGAAGACAGAAAUGUUGUGAAGGAGAAAAAGAUAGAAUGUGCGCGCGCACGCGCGCGCGUACACACACACACACACACACACACACACACACACAAACAUACUCGAUUACACAGUAAAUCGAGAGACGAAGAAGGAAGGAAGUAGGCGAGACUCGUUGCGCGAAGACGACGAAGGUAGCGGAGGGUGGCACAGUGAAGGAGGGAAGGGGAGACACGUUGCUCUCCCCCCGGGGUCCCUACACUCGACCUCCUCUCGCCCCCUCCAGCGGCGCGAAUCACCGCUUCUCGCUUACCCCCUCCGGCGAACACCGCCGGGGUCUUACGACGCGGCGGAGGGGUACGCGCGUCACGCAUGCCUCCUCGUGCUCUCAUACUCGCUUCGUCGGGCCGAUCGUGCGCACGUGCUUCGUCGCAUCUCCUGCCGAUCUCACUCUCAGCCGCGAUCGUAUCGGUCGUCGUCUCCAGCGUGCACUCGAUGUUGAUGCCUCAGUGACGCACACCUAGAUUGAUAGUUGUACGCGAGGUGACGACGCACGCUGCACAAUUGGCAAAUAGGCGCGAUAUGUGAAUUUUUUCUUUCUUUUCUUCACAAAUAAAAUGUGGAAGUGUGAGGGCGCGGUGUAGUGUGUGACUUCGAUUGAACAAUUACGUCACAGUGAGUAUCGAAUAAAAAAACUACGUGCGAACGAUUUUUCCUGCAAAUAUUGUGUGAUCCAAGUGCGCGAUUUUCGUCGUGUCGGUCGAGUGCACCGUUGCGAGCGUAAUUUUGAAUCGACAAAGGUUUUCUAUGCUAUAUAUCGCAGCUCCGCGGGCGAACAAAGACAACGCGAGCGAAAGCGAUAACAGUGUAACGAUAGUAGCACCGACGUUAGUUGCUGCUUCCGAUCCCUUCUUGAAUCUAUCAAUGCGCGAUAUACUCGCGUGGACAGCAAACUCUUAACUCGAAUGCCGAUCAGCUAUCAUCGUUACGGUCGCCAAUAGCGUUUGGCAUCGAUCUCGAUCGCGGAUUGAUCCUCUAAGGCUCCGCGCGCGCGUGCGCGCGAACCAAAGGUCUUCGUUCGAUCAAGAGCCUCUCGUUCCUCGGAAAAAUCGGAGCGAUACAAAGAGGGACAGAUAAUAGCGCGCUGUCUUCCCGCUCGAGGAGGAUCACUCGCCUUUCUCAAGUCGCUCGUUUCAUCAACCACGGUUUCCGCAAGAGUAAAUUCAUUCCGCAUUCAUUCGCUCGCCGAAAGUCGAGCUUAUUUACAUCUCUUUGCGAUAUUAUUGUGCCCUGGCGUUUUUCUUUACUAUCGAGCCAUCGUAAGAAUUCGGCGCCGUCGAGUUGAAUGCCCGAAGUCUUUUCAUUGUAUGAGAAGAGACGCUUAUUCAUAGGAUUAUUCGAAAGGAAUGUGUGACUAUCCGUAGUGAAUUUAAUUCUCGCUGCAGCUUUUCCCUCUCGUUAUUUAGAAACGAGCGAUAGAAAAGCGCUUCUCAAUUUCGUCCGUUACCUGAAUAAGAAAGUAUCGUUUUGUUAACGAAUAACAAUUUCGCAAACGGCUAUUCAAUGAACCAUUAAUGACAGAAAUCCUCUUUCCUGUAUAUUUAUAGUUCUUCUGUUACCGCGUCGCAAUUACUAUCGCGACUGCGUUAAUGAUAUCUUCUACUUGCUAUUCGCGGAUCAUCAAGAACUAAAAAAACUGAAGGACACAUUGAAGCGAGGAAUAAAAUCUAACGAUUUGUAUAUUGAGGUGUAGAAGUAGGAAAAAGUUAAAAAAUUUGAAUCUGACGGUUUUAAAAUCAUUCAAAGCAAGUUCUUUCUUCAAAUAAUUUUAUCACUAAAAUUGAUUCAUAAAACUUUUCAUUCAACAAAACUAAGAUUUUCUUUAGUCUUUAGUUUUUUUUUUAUACUACGUCGUACGAUUAGGACUACGUUAAACUGGAUUCUUAAAUUUUUUCAUUUAACAAAACGAAGAUGUUUUAGUUUUUAACUUCAAAUAAAAAAAAAAUAUAUAUAUAUAUAAUUUUUAUCAAAACAAUAGUCCAGUCGUAAGACUCGAGCAAACAAAAUCAAUAUUUCUUCCAUAAAUUUGCUGUAAAUUCAAAUAGCAAGUAGCAAAUAGCCAGAGUCAUUGAACCGAAGCGAAUUAUCGGCGCAAUCAGAUCGACGCGCCGUCUCGUGCGGGAUCUAUCGUUAUUCUCUGACGAUAACGAUCCACGUGCCUCUUAUCGAUCUACGCGCACCAAAAGUAGACGAAUCCAGCGAGAGGUUAUCCAUCAAGCGAAUACUUUUGGGCCCGCAGGCCGCGCGCGCGGAGAACGCGCUUAUCUCGAUAAUGGUUAUCGAAUAGACGAGAGAGAGGCGAACCGGAGACUCCAGUCGAGUAUAAAAGAAGAAAAAGUAGACAAGAAUCACCGCGAGAACCAUCGAGCGGCGGAGGGCGACCUCGAGAUAAGGGAGGACAGCAACGGGGAGGAGCUCGCCGAUUGUAAAUUAUAUUCACCCGCGCGUCGCGAUCGCGGAAAAAUCGGCCGAGCGGACGAAAUAAUUAUUGUGUGCCCUCUCUCGCUCUCUCGCUUCCUCUCUCUUUGCGCGUGUACUCGGUGAGAGAGGAGACGGAAGGAGGAUUAAUCGCGCCAUGCCGAUCGCGACGUGAAUCGAAUGCGAGGCUCGCCGCGCGCCGCGUCGUCGUCGAAGGGCAGAGAACGCCUUUGGCGCAAAGCGAUCGGCAAAGUGUCAUCGCCGCGAUCAUCCAUCGCCGAGCGGGAGGAGAAGCUGGUGGUGGUGGUGGUGGUGGCGGUGGCGGUGGUGACAGUGGUGGAACAGGAGUGAGAUUCGUCAUCUGGAUGCCAGUUCUCGAGGGCGGAGUGCGAAAAAGGGCCGUGCGUAAAAUGCGGAUGAGAAUCUGCGCCGCGACCAAGGAGUCCUACACGCUCCUCUCCAAGAAACGGCGGCAGCAGCUGGAGCAGCCCGUAUAUUGCGAUUCCGAAUCGCGGCGAUCCACCACCGUGGAAGAUGAUAAGCAAGACGUAUCGGGCGCCAAUUCGGAGAAAGUUAAGAGCACGACGCAGGAUCUAUUUGAGUUACUCGAGCGGGCACAGAGUUCACGUCUCGACGAUCAACGCUGCGUCCUGCCGUCGUACUUCUCUCAGACACCGAGAGAUGACAGGACAACGUCAAGUCCGAGUAGUGCGCCCAGCAAUCACACCUCAGCGCUGUCGCCAUCGCCGGUGGGAGACGCGCCCUUGGGCCGGGCGCUGAUGGAAGCGGCUCUGCAACAGCAAAUCGCAACUGGUGUCCAGCCGCCCUUAGUCGUCACGCCGUCCGGAUACUGGAUCGACGGUACCGAUCAUCGACAUACCCUUGAUUCUGCCGGCAGGGCAUUGUUACCCGCCCAACCAGCCUGGCAGCCCAGGAUAGACCAGGAUGACACGGCCAAGUGCUAUCGCCGCUUCUUCGUUGGCAGGGAACACGUAAAUCUCGUGGGAAGGGACGGUGAGAACGGCCCGGUUCUGGUCUCGGUGAAGGCUGAGACGGUUGCCGGACAGGAACACUGGCGAGUGUUGCUGCGACUCCGGGCGGGUUCGACGCAUGAGCUGGUGCCAGCUGUGAAUCUCAGCUCGAAUCCUACACCGACGAAAAUGGUCAAGGUGAUCAAUGAGUCUUUGAACGUGAAUCCGCUGAUGCCUGUCAUGUGUCCUGGCGCCGGUACUCUGAUAGCCCGAUACGACGAGCAUGCCUUAGUGUCCAGGUUUAAAUUCGGCGUUCUUCAUCAGCGAGCUGGUCAACUCACCGAGGAGCAGCUCUUCGGCAAUCGACAGAUCACCCCAGCCUUUCAGGAGUUCCUCGAUCUGCUUGGUCAAAAAAUCGAUCUCAAAGAUCACAAAGGUUAUCGUGGUGGAUUGGAUACUCGGCAUGGUCAGACCGGCGAUUCAGCGGUGUAUGAGGUGUUUCGGGGCCGGGAGGUGUUGUUUCACGUAGCAUCGUUGUUACCGUAUAGCCCGGGUGAUUCACAGCAGCUGCAACGCAAACGGCAUAUCGGCAAUGACAUCGUUGCCAUCAUAUUUCAAGAGGAACCGACUCCCUUCAGUCCGGACAUGAUUGCCAGUCACUUCUUGCACGCCUUCAUCGUUGUGCAAGUCAUCGACCCCUGCACUCCUAAUACGAGGUACAAAGUCAGUGUGACGGCGCGCGAUGACGUUCCUUGGUUCGGACCGACUUUACCGACGCCAGCAGUUUUUCUUAGAGGCGUCGAAUUUAAAGAGUUCCUGCUCACGAAACUUGUCAAUGCCGAAAAUGCUGCUUAUAAAGCCGAGAAAUUUUCCAAAUUGGAGUUGCGAACUAGAUCAGCUUUGUUAGAAUCUCUAACAGAAGAAUUACAGACCAAAACGGCAGAAUUUCUUGGUGGUCCACUUGGCCUAGGAAAUUCCGGCUUAAACGUUUGUCCGGUAAGUCCAACAACGAACGACGUAUCAGCGUCAGGAAGUAGUGGCGGUUCACGGUUCAUCGACACGGUACGCAAAGCGCUGAUCUCCCGUGUGAGAAAUGCGUCAACAGAGAGCGUGCCGCAGCAGUUAGCCAAGAAAGGCCAGCAGACGGAGUCCAGUCCUCCGAGCAAUCGACAAUCGACUGUUACGAAGGUGAGUGGCAGCAAGCGCUCGGUGGAACCGUCCAGUCCCCUCGGCUCGCCGGAUCUAACCUUGAGAAGAGACUCUGAACGUGGUAGUCUUGGCAGCCAGGAUAGUAGCCUAUCCAACACCGACAAUCAAGACAGUAGCUUGGUGACGUUGCAGCAAGAUGAAUAUGACCGCAGAGAAUCCCAGGGUGCAAGUGUCGUCUGUCUUGACAGUGAUGUCACUGUCAUCGACAAAACCCCAGCGCCAUCGGCGACGAUGCAGCGUUUAAUGCACGAAAAUUUGCGUACGCAAGAGAAAACCACGACGGAAGUGACGCAACGAGUAAUCUCGGAGAGCGAUGACAGUUCGCUCAACAGUGAGCUUGAGCUUGAUCAGGCCGUGUAUCCUGAUAGCGAUACAGGUCUAGAAUCUAUGAGUUCUGCGGAAACCCACGAUACUACAAGGUGUACAAGUAAAGAUGGGAUCGCAGAAAAUGAAAAUCUAAGGAUGGAGGUUACUAGGCUCAAAUGCGACAAGCUAGAUCUGCUGCGGCAAAAUGUGACAUGCCAACGGGAGUUGAAACGUCGUCGAGAGAAGGAACUGCAACUGGAGUCCGAUUUGGCAGCGGCAUCUAAGGAGAUUCUACGACUACGUGCGAUGCUAAAGGAAUGUUCUACGAGUAUUCCGCUGGAUAACAAUAAUCAACAGACGUCCACCGUGUGAAGUUUACGAAUGCAAUAUACAGUUUUUCCAAGUAGCAAGAUAACAUUAUUUGUCAUCAAUGUUUUUGAUGACAUUUUGUCGUCAUUUUGACGACAAGUAGCGUUAGUUUGAUAUCUGGAUUAGACGCAAUUGCGAAUUGUUUUCGCGAGAUAUUAUGGUUUUCGCGGUCGAACAUAAUUGCAGUAGGUUUAGAAAAUCAUCGUUCAAAAACGCGUGAGAUAUAUUUUCUUCGUUUUUGUUGGAGAUCCGUUACAAUUCACGGCUUUUUGCACGCACGCUACUUCUUUCCCGUUACAUUAUUUUCAUAGUUUGAUAUCAAGAUUACUGGGAGGACGAAAUACCAACGCACGUUUAAAAGAUGCAAAGGAAUGAAGACACAAUGAACAUACAAUGAAAUGUUAAAAUGUCUUUUAAACGCUUGAAAAGUAUACAAUACUUAAACAUUAUAUACCUUCUACAUUCACCAAGAAUCGUUCAUCACUUCCAAAGUGAAAGUCUAUCGUUAGUGUUUCAUAGGAACAUAUAGAGUUUACAAUUUAAAUGCUUUACUGUAAGGAUAAUCGUUUAAAUUGAGUUUUUUUCCCCUAGAUAGGGAAAAAGAGAGAAAGAGAUCAGUACAAGUUCUAUAAGUUAUAUACGAGGAGUAGAAUUAACGCAAAUCCUGAAAAUGUGUACAGUGACCAGAGUGUCUUCGAGACACUUACAGUAUAGAUUCAAGAUUGUUAGAGUAUGACUUAUAAGAUACAAUAUUUAUCUACUAAUGUAAUAGUGUAAUAUUUAUCUAUUAAUUUAUUAGUAGACUUAAGUUGACCGUUUGUAGUCAAUAUACAUAUGCGCACGUAAAAUAGGAAGCAGUAGGGAUAUCUGUAAUAUUAUUUUAAGAGGCGCGGAUUUAGCACUUGACAUUGAGAAGAGACAAAAUUUGUUAAGAUGUGCUGCAACAAAAGCAUUGUAUCUAUCAAAGUUGCUCAGGUUGGAGAUUUUCUUUCAAAUUCAAGUUUUGUUAUUAUCAUAGGAUUUUUUAAGAGAGAAUAAAAAGUUUAGGGGAAUUUUUGAAUGAGGAAGAUAUAAAGAGGAAGAUUUUGGUAUUUUUAUCUUCCUAGAUAAUUUCUUGUAAUAAUAAUAAAAUUCUUUGCGGAAAUGAAAAAUCCCUUAACCUUUUUGGACUAUCUAUCUGUCGAAGUUAACAACAUGUAACUCCCAUUUAUUCUUUCAUAGCGCGAAUUAUCCACAAUUGGGCAAAACUUCUUCCACGUUUAGAUGCGAUCUUACGUGUCGGAGAAAUCUUUCGUCACGCGCAAUUGUAGAAGAAAGUAUGCACUACUAACUACAGUAUUUGUCACGAUAGACUUACCCGACACAUUUAUCCCGUUUAUUAAUUUCCUAGUAUUAGAUACCAGAGAAUAUAUAGUUUUAGAGUAUACCUCUACAAGGUUCAAUCAUCUCCGAAACACCAUCCUCACGUGCUAGGCUUUUAGCGAAGGACCGAUUUUUUUUAUCGUAUUUUUAACCAAUAGCGCACAGCACCAAAUUAUUUAAAUAUUUACACAUCACGUGUUCUCACAAAGUAUCUUUGCGUACGCGCAAGCGAAAGAUGCGUUAUUACCGUUCACCACUUAGUUAAGUAUUUUGUAUUUUAUUUUUGGUUGACGGAUGUCAAACUUUCUGUUAUCUCUUAUGACUAGUAUUAAUUCGACUCUUACCAUUAUUAUUAUCAGCCUUAUUAUUAUUAAUAUUAAUACUUUUAUUAACAUUGAUUUAAUGUUAUGUAUUUUAUAUGAUCUUUGUAAAUAAUCAUUAAUAUAGGGUAAAUAUGCAUAACUAGCACAAGAGGAGGAACAACGAUGUUCACUCAUACAAUACCAAAGUUUAAUAUAGUAAAAUUUACAAUUUUUUUUUUUUUUCCUUACUCCUAUUAUUUUUUCAUUUUCCAUUAUUUUUGUAGAAUAAAAAGAAAUUGCAAAUUUUGUUUUGUCAAAUGCCUUCGUCCGAAAGUACGAAAUAGAAGCAUCGUUUUUACAACUACUUUAAUGGAACAUCACAUUUAUCACUGCCUUUGCGAUGUUGUCUCGAUAUUUCUCUUUCGAGAAAUACGUAAAGUCGGUUCUGUUGCUUACAUAACGUGAUUGAUUGUAUCAACAAUGCUUUAUAUACUAUUGAAAAGCAUAACGGCCAAUAUAUUGCCCCUGUAGUAUCGA